UAUUUAUAUGUAUCUUUUUCACAUAAUUUAAAAUUUUGUUAUAACUUCUUUUUUUGAUAUUUAUCAUUAAAUACAUUAAAGAUGGCCAGAACUAAACAAACAGCCAGAAAGUCUACUGGUGGUAAAGCUCCAAGAAAGCAGUUAGCUUCCAAAGCUGCUAGAAAAUCCGCUCCAGUUAGUGGUGGUGUUAAGAAACCUCACAGAUAUAAGCCAGGUACUGUUGCCUUAAGAGAAAUUAGAAGAUUUCAAAAAUCUACUGAAUUAUUAAUCAGAAAGUUACCAUUCCAAAGAUUAGUUAGAGAAAUCGCUCAAGAUUUUAAAUCUGAUUUAAGAUUCCAAUCUUCCGCUAUUGGUGCUUUACAAGAAGCUGUUGAAGCUUAUUUAGUUUCAUUAUUUGAAGAUACUAACUUGUGUGCUAUUCACGCCAAGAGAGUUACUAUUCAAAAGAAGGAUAUUCAAUUAGCUAGAAGAUUAAGAGGUGAAAGAAAUUAGAUUAUCCCUAUUUAAUAUUAAAUUUAUAGGUAAUUCUGAUUCUAUUUUGGUUUGGGUUUUGUUCUUUUAUCUACAUAUGUCCUUACAUUUUUGUUGAGUUUACUUUAUUAGUAUCUUAUCUACUAUUACUUAUUUCUUCUUCUUAUUGUACAUUCCAUCUAAAUUGUUUUUCCAAAUGGUUAAAUAGACGAUGGUUUCGUAUAUCUUUGUAUUGUGUUAUGUUAGGUAAUAAAUGUUUUAUAUUUGAAA